GAAGAUAGCCACCAGGAGAAAGGGAUGGAAGAGGAGGAAGAGGUGGAGGCAGAGAAACCAGACGCUCAACUAAAGGAAGAGAAGAAGGUCAUGUCUGGCGAGGCCCCCAAAAAAUCAGCAGACCAAGGCACUGAAGGUUCCUCAGUGGCAUUCUGUUCACCCCGAGCUCACUAUCCAGAUAAAUACCGAAACAGAGCGGCCGUAAUUCAACUCUUACAUGAGGAAUUACACAAGAGUCAACUUUACCCCUCAGGAAUGGAAGAGGACGUCUGCUUCCCAAUCCUCAUCAAUUUCAUGAGGAAUCUCACUGAUAGGCAGUGGGAGGUUAUUCAGGAGGGCAUGAGAAAUCCUACAACCAAAGUACAACUUGCCAAAAUGUGUAGGAAGAUAGCGAAAACGGUUUCCCACAUUGCGGUAGAGAUCCUCAUCCCGACCCUUGCACAAAUAUUAGAGCUUGAUUCCGCUGGAGAAGCUAGUUCCUCUCCCUCGCUGACUGGUUCAGAGUGCGCCAACAUUGCAAGCAUCCAGGAACAUGUGGUGAAAUUGAAUGAAGAUGGUCUACCUCAGAGGCCUGGCAGUGGAAGGUCCCUGUGCAGUCAAUGGGUCAAGAUUCCCUACCCCUCAUCCACUGAAUUUGAACAGAGGCUGGAAUUGAUCCGCGGACACAGUUACCACAACAGAGAAUUGAGGACGAGCGACAGUGGCAGACAUUAUUACAGCUCCCACACACCCACUCCACGUUCUUCCUCAAGUUCCCAGACGUCGUUGCAGAGGGCACAUCGAGUAGACAUUCGACUGACAGAUCCUCUGAAUGCCCUCUUUGGGAUCACAGAGGCCACAAUUCUCCAAACGCUGGGUGAUCAAUCCUGCUCUUCUGGCUCACCUGGAUUGACCAGAUCUGUGGUCAGAGAUGUCGUGAGUCAGGUGAACUCUGACAUCUCACUGAUCAUCUCCUGUUCCAGCUCAGGUAAAUCAAGACCAGUGUUGUGUGACACUGGCAGGCGAUAUGCCAUGCAGGCCGCCCAGAAGCUGGUGUCUGUUAUCUGUGCCAAGUUGCGGAGGUUUGGAAUCACUGGACAGGCUGCGCCUCAAGCCAAAACCAAUCCAUCUAAGGAGAAUGUGGACAUUGAGGCUUCUCUUGCACCAUUGACAGGAGAGGUCAUGGCUGUUAUGGUCAACUCCAGAGAAUGCCAGGGAGGAGAGCAAGGAACAAUGGAUGUGCUUCGAGAAAUAACACACAAAGUAAAUGUUUUGGCUUCAAGGGAUAGUGUUGGUCUUCUGGAAGACUCCUAG